AUGAGCAACAGUUCGGCCCGCGCUCUGCCUCCGGGAGGGAGCCCCUGGCCCCCGGCGGCUGCGCCUCGGCCGCCGCUGCUCCCGCUCCGGCCGCUGCCCCCCGGCGCCCCGACCGCCGCCGGCCUCUCCCUGUUCCCCCCGUGGCCACGGCGCCUGGGCCGGCGCUGGCCCGCCUCGCCGCUCGGCAUGAAGGUGUUCCGCAGGAAGGCGCUGGUCCUAUGCGCGGGCUACGCGCUGCUGCUCCUGCUGACCAUGCUCAACCUCCUGGACUAUAAGUGGCACAAGGAGCCACCGCAGCAGUGCCGCGGGGAGCCCCCGGGGGCCGCGCCCCCGCCCGCCCGUCCGCCCGGCUCGCCCGCGCGCCCAGACCUCCGCUCCUUGUACCGCUCGCCCGCUGCCGCCGGCCCGGCGGCCCCGGGCAGCGCGGCCAAGGGCAGCGCGGGCCCGGGCCCUGGGGGAGGAGGCGGCAACGGCAGUGGCCCGGGCGCCCCAGCCAGCGCCGACCCGGGCCCCCGCAAGCGCCAGCUGGUCUAUGUGUUCACCACGUGGCGCUCGGGCUCGUCCUUCUUUGGGGAGCUUUUCAACCAGAACCCUGAGGUUUUCUUUCUCUACGAGCCCGUGUGGCAUGUGUGGCAGAAGCUGUACCCCGGCGACGCGGUAUCCCUGCAGGGCGCGGCGCGGGACAUGCUCAGCGCCCUCUACCGCUGCGACCUGUCUGUCUUCCAGUUGUACAGCCCCGCGGGCAGCGGGGGGCGCAACCUUACGACAUUGGGCAUCUUCGGGGCCGCCACCAACAAGGUUGUCUGCUCCUCGCCCCUGUGCCCAGCCUACCGCAAGGAGGUGGUGGGGUUGGUGGACGACAGAGUGUGCAAGAAAUGCCCUCCCCAGCGGCUGGCGCGCUUCGAGGAGGAGUGCCGCAAGUACCGCACGCUGGUCAUCAAGGGGGUGCGGGUCUUCGACGUGGCAGUGCUGGCCCCGCUGCUGCGGGACCCGGCUCUGGACCUCAAGGUCAUUCACCUAGUGCGGGACCCCCGGGCCGUGGCCAGUUCCCGCAUACGCUCCCGCCACGGACUCAUUCGAGAGAGCCUGCAGGUGGUGCGCAGCCGGGAUCCGCGGGCGCACCGCAUGCCCUUCCUCGAGGCGGCGGGCCACAAGCUAGGCGGGAAGAAAGAGGGGCUGGGAAGCGGACCGGCUGACUAUCACGCCCUAGGGGCCAUGGAGGUCAUCUGUAAUAGCAUGGCCAAAACCCUGCAGACAGCGCUACAGCCCCCGGACUGGCUACGGGGUCAUUACUUGGUCGUGCGCUACGAGGACCUUGUGGGGGACCCGGUCAAGACGCUGCGAAGGGUGUACGACUUCGUGGGGCUCCUGGUGAGCCCGGAGAUGGAGCAGUUUGCCCUGAACAUGACCAGCGGCUCGGGCUCCUCCUCCAAGCCCUUCGUGGUGUCCGCUCGCAACGCCACACAAGCGGCCAGUGCCUGGAGGGCUGCCCUCACCUUCCAGCAGAUCAAGCAGGUGGAGGAGUUCUGCUACCAGCCCAUGGCUGUGCUGGGCUACGAGAGGGUCAACAGCCCCGAGGAGGUGAAAGACCUCAGCAAGACUCUGCUCCGGAAACCCCGGCUCUAAGACUGGUUAUGGGAGUGGAGACAGGACGGGGGCUUCUCUCCUACCUGGAGGCCCGCCCCCAUGGGACCUCCCGAGAACCUGGUGGGCACGGGAGGAUCCUGGUGCACAGUCAAAAGAACAGCCUAAGACCCCAACCGGGAAGACUAAAUAUUCUCUAUAUUAUAUAAUAUAAAUAAUUACACUCACACUUGCUAUAAAUGUUUGGAAUCAUGGGGUUUCAAGGAACAGCGACAACGGGUACAUCCCAGAAGAGGCAAGACUUGAAAGAGUUGGCAAGUUUUCCCUCCCCUCCCAUCUCUUCCUUCCCUUCCAUCCUUUCCCAUCCCCCCUCACCUCCUUCCGUUCGGAAGUGGGAUGUUCAAGUUCCCAGCAACCAAAAUCUUGUUUACAAACUUUCUGUGGUGUCUGUGGUCAUGUAAAUGAACAGCUUGGAUUUUGGAGAGGGGCGGGGUGGGGUAGGGGUCGGGGUCGGGGUCGGGAAGUCGAGGAAGGUCUGGAGCCCCCAGGGGUGAGGCGGAAAUCACGGAUUCAUAAAUCUGAAACGGACUUUUGUGGAAAAAGCAGAGGUUACAUGUGACUAUUAAUAAAGAAAAUAAUAAAUGAUAUUCAUUUUUUAA